AUGGACACGCGGCUUCGAUCGCUCUAUGAGUGCUAUGAAGGGGCCCGUGCUGGUGCGGUGGACUAUCGCGACAUCUUGUGUUGCACGAUUGUGCUUCGGAGAUUCAAAGACAUCCGUGACAACCCACGCAAGUUGUUUCGAGACCUGAUCCUCUUGUACUCGGAUGACGAGGGGGAGGUCGUCCGAAGGCAGGACGCUCUUAGAGUGAUGAGGAUAGGUGCACUACACGGAGGCCACAUCCUGCAGACAAGCACCCGCCUGGACAAGUACCUCGCCGAGGAGGCACGCCCACGAGGCCUCAAACCCACUUUCCGCGACUUAGACAUCACCUUCUUGAUGGACACAAUCGAGGCGAACCCCUCAAUUCUGGUCGCGUUUCGAACUCAGCUUUGGCAGCGUAUUCCCGAAGCUUGGCGAUUGGGCGUGCUACAAGCGGUGGAAGCAAUGGGUUUCGAAAAAGCGAGCUCCGGCGCGAUGGCGAUGAAAGAGCGCCGCGCGGUCCGGUGGUACACCAAGACCCUGUCGCGUCGAAUCAUCGUCGGCUGGAAAGUCUUCAGGAACCGAGCGAAGCAGAUCAGAGCCCAGCGAGAACGCAUACAGAACGUUCGACGCCGCCAGACCCUUCGCGCUUGGCACGCUUCGGCGGCCAUCCACGUCCUUCGCCGCAAGCGCCGCGGGGUCGCCGACCAGUAUGGGCGAAUCUGCACGCUCCGGCGCUACUUCUAUAGCAUCGUCAAGUACGUGGAGGUGAACAAGAGGCUCGCAGCCGUGGCCUGGAAGUUUAGCAAGCAGGGCAAGCUGGUAAUGGCCGGGGUGGGCUUGCUGCGCGGGGUACUACGGAAACGGUCCAUGCGGCUGGCCCUGCAGGCGUGGUGCGAGACGGCUUCUCUCAUGAACGCAUGGGGGUUUGCGGUGGACCUCGCCGGGGAACGGCUCUGUCGUCGGGUGUUCGCGGCGCUGAGGGACACCGUGAGGGCUGCGGUGGUGGCGAGGCGUGCCGAGGAUGAAGCCGAGAUGCGGGCGGCGGCUUUAGCCGAGAGUAUUGAGGAAGCGGAGAGAGAAAGAGUGCUUCUGGCUGAGCUCGCGGAAGAGAGGAAGAAGCGCCAAAAGGCAGAGGAGAAAGCGGCGCUUAUGGCCAGACGUGCCGCCGAACACGUCGAGAAGAUCGAGGCGGCGCGGGCCGGAUCCGUGGCCAGAGACGCCGAGGUGCUGCAGCGGCAGAGAGAAGCCAGAAGGCGAAGGGUUUACGAGAACAGGGUCAAGGUCAAGAAUGACUUUGACGCGGCGUGGGAGGUAAAGCUGAGGGAGACCGUCGAGAGAGAGAUGGAGUUGGCCAAGGAGUGGCUCGCGACGGACCCCGAGGCACCGUUCAAGGUCCAGAAGGAGAUGAAGAUCCUCAAGAGGAAGUUCUACGCGGCGCCACUGCCGGAGACGGCGGAACUGGAGAGGGCGCUGAGGGACCCGGCCAACUACAUCUUCGCGCACAUGGCCAACCUGAUCUACAAGGAGAAUAAGACGCUUCAGAUGUUCUUCAACCAGUUCGACAAGGAGGGGGACGGCUACCUCACGCACGAGGAGUUCAAGGGCAUGGUGUCCAGCCUCAACGUCAAGCUGUCGAGGGAGCAGAUCCGGUCCGUGAUCCGAACGAUCGACCUGGACGGCGGCGGUUUCAUCGACUUUCCGGAGUUCGAGGCUGCGGUGAAGAGACACGAAGACGUAUGCGGGCAGGCCGGGUCGGUCUGGAAGAUGUACGUGUCGCCGGUACACGCCAUCAUGACUUUCCACAACGUAGAGACGAACGAGAUACUCUGGGACUACAAGGCCACCGACAAGGACCUGUUGAGAGUGGUGAAGGACAAUAUCGUCGGCCUGGAGGGGAUCGAGGCCAAGAAGAGGGCUGUUGAGGACCGGGAAAAGGAGUGGGAAGAGCUCCUUAGGAACAGGGCCGCAACAACGAUGCAGCGGCAGUACCACGCUUGGGCCGCUCGCAAGAGGCGGGCCUUGCUGCGGUGGAAGUGGGACGUUGAAAAGGCCCGGGCGAAAAACAGGGAGACCACCCUCAUGGCCACGAGGAUACAGUGCUGGUGGAGGAUCCUGCGGGCGAAAUGGCUCGCCCUGCAGCUGCUGCAGAUCACGAUAGAGGUGCUCUGGGACCCGGGCUUGAACCAGCAGUACUACUUCAACCACGGGCUGGAGCAGGCGGCGUGGGAAGUCCCGAGCAUGCUACGGCGGUGGCGCGGGCGGGGUGCGAAGAUGCCGAGCGUUCCGGAAUGGGUUCUUAUCUCGAGGCUCUUCGGCCAGUCGUACUUUUACAACACCCGGAGCAGGCUACGGCAGGACGAAAAGCCGGCCGGCUACCUUCGCUGCUCCUCGUGCCAAACGCAGCUCGCCAGCCGCAGGUGGAAGAGGCGGGGGGCGGGGGAGUGGCGGCGCAGAAUGAAGUGA